UAUAUAGCAAAAAUUAUUCAUCUUUUUUAUCGACUUUAUAGAACUGGUGCAUGCCUAACCCUAGUCUAAAUUCCUGACGCCGCCACUACUUGUAACUAUGUGCUUUUUUUUCUUGAGCAGCACCAGUACAGUCCAGAGUAUCUAUUAGAGCAACCAAAAACAGAUGAUUACAGGUUUUCGCGAAUACUUAGACAUCCGUACACUUCCAAUUUCGAGCAUACUUAACUUAACCAUCAGAAAUUUAUUUUUUCUUAUAAUUUAUUUUUUUCAAAGGCAAUUUUUUCAACGGUUGCACCAUGUUCAUAUGUUCGUGGUCAUCUUCGUAGUAUGGUGAAUUUUUCAUCAUUUUUUGGUCAACGUUCGCGUAAAAAUAAAAAUGAAAGAUUAUUAAAUGAAAUUGAAAAACAUAUUUGUCUUAAAACAACAUCAGCUAAUAAACAACAAUUUAAUCUUGAUUAUUUACCUUAUUUAAGUCGAAAUCUGAUAUCAACAUUAAAACAAAAUACACAAGAAAUAGCUAUUGAACAAUGUAUUUCAUUAUUAGAUGAUUAUUAUCUUAAUCGAGAUGAUUUACAAACAAUUAUGGAAUUAAAUACAUGGGGUAAAACUGGUAAAAAUUUAUAUGAUCAACUUGAUACACAAACGAAAUCUGCAUUAACAAGAAAUUAUAAUAAAACAAAUCAUCGUACACCAUAUGCAAUAGUUGAUAUUAAAAAAUUAAAAAAAUCGAAAGGAUUUAUGGAUGAUGAAGGAGAAGAAGAAGACGAGCAAGAAGAAGAAGAACAAAAAGAUGAUAUUCCUAUUGAAGAAGAUGCUAUGAUUAAAUUAGCUAAAAAACCAAUAGGAAAAGUUCCGUUAAAAAAAUCACGAAAAAAAUAA